GUUCUUGUCACACCCACCAUCACCAUGUCCUCAAAACGAGGACCAACUUCGGCAAAGGACCGCUUGGCGCAGCUGCGUGAGGCGCGCGCCAAGGGCGGAAGGUUGCAGCAGUGGAAGCCUGAUGACUCGGAGCUCUACGACGAGGUCGACGACGACGAGUACCGCGCCAUUGUGGGCGACCGCCUCGCCCGUGACGACUUUAUCGAUGACGACGACGGCAGUGGAUACGUCGACCACGGACAGGACGAGUGGGGAGGCGGCGGCGGCGAGGAGGAAGAGAGCGAGGAUGAGGACGCGUUCGACGGCGAGGACGAGGAGCUGCAGCGAGCACGCCGUGCGAAGCGCGCCAAGGCUCGUGCACGCGCCGAGAAGACGGGCAAGGUGGCGGCAAAGCCCAAGGCCAAGGCCGGGUACUCUGACUACGCCCGCCCUGCGCAGGGAGCUGGAUCGUACCGCGCCGCGGCGCCAGUCAACGAGGACAGCUUCAUGGCGUCGCUCUUGUCCACGGUCGCCGCCGAACCGACAUCAUCCCGCAAGCGAAGGUCAUCGCCCGACUGGCCAUCGAGCGAGCCAGCAGCGCCCAGCUCGGAGUCGGGCUUCUUCUCCAGCGGCUCGCGAAAGCGCUACGGCGAGGAGAGCGACGAGGAUGUCUGGGACGCGCGGAACGGCGUCAUGGGCAAGAAGAAGCCGCGCAUGAGCGAGGCCACGGUCGUCCCGGAUGAGGACGAGCACGAGGGUGUCGACUUUGGCGACAACGACAACACGUUCGAUAUGGAGGUCGACGAUGUGGUGGUCAAGGCUGAGCCGGUGGACAUCGAUGACGACGAGGAUGAGUUUGCGAUCAAGAAGCCUGCGGCCAAGGUUGGGCCACGGGUGCCAGCUGCUGCUCGCCGCCGGGUUGUCAACGCCACCGCCGUCAAGCACGAGGUUAAGCGCGAGCCGGAUGUCGAGGUCAAGCCCGCCGCCAAGGUCGACCGCAAGCCCGUCGACCGCACCCACUGGCAGGCAGUGCAGGACGCGCUCGUCACACCCAAGUCGGACCUUGACGCGGUGCGCGUUCCGCAGGGCUCGACCAAGCCCGAGAACGUGCUCGAGGCCGACGGCUCGCUGCGCAUCUUCUGGCUCGACUUCCUGGAGCAGGAGGGCGUGAUCCACCUCGUUGGCAAGGUCCUGGACCGCGCGUCGGGCAAGUACGUCAGUGCCUGCGUCAGCGUCAACGGCAUCCAGCGUAACCUGUUCGUCAAGCCCCGCCAGAACCGCUUCUCGGGUGGCCGCGAGACGGAUAUCGAAGUCACCAAGGCCGAUGUUUACCAGGAGUUUGACAACAUUCGCAACAAGCACGGCAUUGAAGAAUGGCGCGCCAAGUUCGUCAACCGCAAGUACGCGUUCGAGGACCACACUGUCGAGCACGGAGAGAGCGAGUGGAUGAAGGUUGUCUAUCCGUUCGAUCAGCCCGAGAUUCCGGUUGGGACGACCGGUGCGACCUUUUCGCAUGUGUUUGGUGCCAACACCAGCGCGUUCGAGCUGCUUGUCCUCAAGAGGCGCAUCAUGGGCCCUUGCUGGCUCGACAUCAAGGGCGCCGAGGUGUCUACCAAGGCGACGUCGUGGUGCAAGAUCGAGUUCACCGUUUCCGACCCCAAGAAUGUCAACCCUGUCAAGGAGGACGACGAGACGGCGCCCAAGGACACGCCACCUCUGACCAUGAUGAGCAUCUCGCUCCGCACCAUUGUCAACCACCGCGAGAACAAGACCGAGAUCCUCGUCGCGUCGGUGCGCACCUGGGAGGGAGUCAACAUUGAGGACCCAACACCACCCGAGAAGCAGCCGUCGAGCGUCACCACCAUUGUGAGGCCAAUUGAAAAGUUCCCUCCUGGCCUCGAGCAGCGUGCGCGCUCGGAGCGGUCGCCUUUCCAGGCCGUCAAGGCGGAGCGUGCUCUGCUCAACUCGCUCCUCGCCACCAUUGGUCGCCUCGACCCCGACGUCAUUGUCGGCCACAACUUUCUCGGCAGCGGGUUCGAGGCGCUUCUCUACCGUCUCAAGGAGCUCAAGGCCGACCAGUGGAGCCGUAUCGGCCGCUUCAGGCGCAAGGGCUUUACCAUCAGCAAGGCGGGUAGCAAUGUGCGCUUAAUGGCGGGCCGCCUCGUCGCCGACCUGUCUUCGGACGCGGCCAAGGGCAUGAUAAGCUCGACGACCUGGUCGCUCACCGAGAUGGUCGGCACCCACCUCAAGGUGACGCGCGAAGACGUCGAUCCCGAGGACACUCACACGUUCUUCGACCACACUCUGAGCGGGCCGGACAAGCUCAUCCAGUUUAUCCGCCUGUGCGAGAUUGACGCCUACUUCCAGAUGGCUAUUGCCUCGCGCGUGCAGCUGCUUCCUCUCACGAAGCAACUCACAAGCCUUGCCGGCAACUCGUGGAACCUUACCCUCAAUGGUGGUCGUGCCGUCCGCAACGAGUUCAUUCUGUUGCACGAGUUCCACCGCCUCAAGUACGUCUGCCCCGACAAGAUGUUCAACAAGCAGAAGAUCAAGAUUGUCAACGAGCAGGGCGAGGAGGAGGAGGUCGUCGCCGGUCACAAGCGCGGCAAGGCCAAGUACGCCGGUGGUCUCGUCUUCGAGCCCAAGCGCGGCCUCUGGGACACGUACAUCCUCGUCAUGGACUUCAACUCGCUUUACCCGAGUAUCAUCCAGGAGUACAACAUCGACUUUACGACAGUAGAGCGGGAAGAGGAUGAGAACGCCGAGGAGGAGAAGAUUCCCGAUGUCCCUCCGUCCGACACGCAACAGGGCGUUCUCCCCCGUCUUAUUGCCACUCUUGUCAACCGUCGUCGGCAGGUCAAGGGCCUCAUGAAGGACAAGACUGCGUCGGCCGCCAAGCUCUCCCAGUGGGACAUCAAGCAGCAGGCUCUCAAGCUCACCGCCAACUCGAUGUACGGCUGUCUUGGUUUCUCUGGCUCGCGUUUCGCCUCGCGACCUCUUGCCGCGCUCACGACCUUCAAGGGCCGUGAGAUUCUCACCCACACCCGCGAGCUCGCCGAGUCACUCCAGCUCGAUGUCGUCUACGGUGACACCGACUCGGUGUUCGUCAACUCGAACGUGACAACGUACCCCGAGGCGCUCAAGAUUGCCAACGAGUUCAAGAAGCUCGUCAACGAGCGGUACAAGCUGCUGGAAAUUGACCUCGACGCGACCUUUGAGCGUGUGCUGCUGCUCAACAAGAAGAAGUAUGCUGCUGUCAAGAUUGACGAGGCUGGAUCCCGCAGCACCGAGGUCAAGGGUCUCGACAUGAAGCGUCGAGAGUUCUCCAAGCUGUCCAAGGAUGCCAGUGCUACCGUGCUCAAGGAGAUCCUCUCGGGCGACGCGACGGAGAACGUUGUCAACAAGAUCCACGAGUAUCUCACGUCUCUCGGCGAGACUGUUCGCUCUGGCGAGGUGCCCAUUGAGGACUUUAUCAUCUUCAAGCGACUCGGCAAGAACCCCGAGGACUACCCCGACAAGAAGUCGCAGCCACACGUCCAGGUCGCUCUGCGCAUGAAGGCUAAGGGCACUGCUGUCCGUGCGCACGACGUCAUUCCUUACGUGCUCUGCCUUGGGCCAGACGGCAAGACGGCACGCAGCGCCCAGGCAGACCGCGCAUACCACCCCGACGACCUCCGCCGUACCGGCUCCGAGCUCAAGGUCGACUACGACCUGUACCUCGACUCGCAGGUCCUUCAGCCCGUGCUUCGUCUUUGCGAGUCCAUCGAGGGCACCGAGCGCGCACGCCUUGCCGAAUGCCUCGGCCUUGACCCAUCACGCUACGCUAGCUCCAACAACGAGGUGCAGGAGCGCGCCUUCUUCACCUUUGAAUCCCAGAUCACCGACAAGGAACGGUUCAAGGAGGCUUCGCCGCUUACGCUCCGCUGUGCGUCAUGUGAGGGCACCUUCACCUUUGAGGGUGUGCAGGCCGACGGCUCGGACCGUGUGGCUGUUCUCCGCCCCAAGGGCGUCCAGUGCGCACUGUGCGAGGCGGCGGUCCAUCCCGCGUCGGUUGCCAUCCAGAUGGAGACGCAGAUCCGGUCCUACAUCAGCAAGUACUACCUCGGCUGGACAGUGUGCGACGGAGACGGGUGCAACGCCCGUACACGCUCGAUGGGCGUGUACGGUCGGCGGUGCCUCGGCUUUGUCAAGCCCGACUGCAAGGGCACCGUGCAUCCCGAGUACACCGACCUGCAGCUGUACAACCAGCUGCUGUACUUCCGCCAUCUGUUUGACGCGGACAAGGCUCUGUCAGCGACACGUGGCUCGGCACGCUUUGACGAGGUGCGCGCGUUGACACAGGCCAACGCCAAGACGCUGGCAGACUGCAUGGGGGUAGCGGACAAGUACCUCGACCGUAAUGGCCGGCGGUACGUCGACCUGGGGUCGCUGUUUGGUUUCAUGGAGAGGAUCCGGUUGUAG